CAUACUAUAUCGUAACUUCUGAAAUACCCACGUACCGAAUAGGAAUUGUGAUAUUUGAUAAGCAUGACUAUACUGGUAUUUCUCCUAUACAAAACUUCAAAUUAUGGAGAAGAGAGUUGAUGGAAGUACAAUGGGAUCAAAUUUUGAAAUUAAUUGAAGAUGUCACACGUACUAUUGAACAUACAUGGCAACUACAGGAAGGAUAUUUAUUAAGAAAUCAAUUUGCGAUCGCAGGUUUGACAGAUGAUGGCGUGGAUAAAUUUGCGUUCGUACUUUACAGAGAAGAAGAUAUUAUUUACAAUGAAAAAAUAGAUCCCAUUGCACGCAAAAUAGAGUUAUCACGUAUAAUAGGACGUAAAGUGGUUGGUCAAUUGUUUGGUACCGCGGUUAGUCCAUCAUGGUGGUCUUGCAUGUGGCUGAACGAGGGUAUUGCUACGUUGUUCAGCGUGUAUACAAUCAAUCAGAUUAUGCCUGAGAGUCGGAUGUUGGAUUUAUUCGUAGUCCAGACUCAACAAGAAUCUCUCCGUCUAGAUGAUUCACAAGUUAUGAAUGCUCUUGAUUCAGAAAUUGACAGUAUCUCUGAAAUUAAUUCUCUCUUCUCUUUCACCUACUACAUAAAAGGUAUAGAGUACUGAAUAAAUAAAGUUGAAACAAUUAAAACAUGUAAAAUUAUUUAAAAAC